AUGCUCAGGACCGCACCGCGCCGGUUCGCUGCCUCGCUCUGGCGGGGCGCAGAGAGCAUACAGUCAGAAGCUGGGUACCAGAAGGCCAUCAACAUCUCAAAAGCACAAGGCAUUGGCCAGCGGGGCUUCCUGGAUGCAAUUGGCAAGACGCCGCUCAUCCGCCUCAAGCGCCUCUCCGAAGAAACCGGCUGCAACGUCCUGGGCAAGGCCGAGUUCCAGAACCCUGGUGGCAGCGUGAAGGAUCGCGCCGCCCUCUAUGUCGUCGAGAACGCUGAGAAGCUUGGACUCCUCAAACCAGGUGGCACCGUCAUCGAGGGAACCGCAGGAAACACCGGCAUUGGCCUUGCCCAUGUCUGCCGCUCCAAGGGAUACAAGCUGGUCAUCUACAUGCCCAACACGCAGUCGCAGGGCAAGAUUGAUCUGUUGCGAUUAUUAGGCGCUGAGGUCUACCCAGUACCUGCUGUUGCAUUCGACAACCCGCAAAAUUACAACCAUCAGGCCAAGAGGCACGCAGAGAGCCUGGAUAACGCGGUAUGGACAAACCAAUUUGACAACGUCGCGAAUCGGCAGGCGCAUAUCGAGACUACCGGUCCCGAGAUCUGGUACCAGACGGACGGCAAGAUCGAUGCAUUUACCUGCGCAACCGGCACCGGAGGAUCGCUCGCGGGCGUCACCAGGUACCUGAAGGAGAAGAGUGACGGGAGGGUGAAGUGCUUCCUUGCGGACCCACCGGGGUCUGUCCUCCACUCGUACAUCCAGAGCGGAGGCAAGCUUGCAGAGCGGCAAGGUGGCUCAAUAACAGAGGGAAUUGGUCAGGGUCGCGUGACGGACAAUCUGAAGCCGGACAUCGACCUGCUAGACGGCUCAGUGCACAUCAGCGAUGAGAAGACCAUCGAAAUGGUGUACCGCUGCCUGGACGAGGAAGGUCUCUACUUGGGCGCCAGCUCAUGCCUGAACGUGGUCGCGGCGAAAGAGGUGGCAGAGAAGCUUGGAAAGGGCUCUACCGUCGUCACACUGCUUUGCGAUGGCGCCUACCGCUACGCAGAUCGCCUCUUCUCCAAGAAGUGGCUCGAAGAGAAGAAGCUUCUCGGCGCGAUACCGCAACAUCUCACCAAGUACAUCGUCCUGCCGUAA